AUUCAAGAUUUAUUGACGAUGGCGCAACUUACAUCAUUGUUUUAUAAAGGGUUGGAAAUUGAGGAUUUCUCAAGUACUUCUGUAUCCUUUCUUCAACCUCAAAUGAUUUUUGAGUAGUUUAGAAAUUUCGUUCCCCAUUACGUGGAUUAAAACGGUGAAAGGAAGAGUUGGCGCAUAACACCUCGUCAGAAUCAUGGGUCAAACUGGGACAUCAUCUUUCCUCUUUUGCACUCUUCAACUCACAGUGUUGUUGGCAGUUUUUUCAUCUGAAAUUACAUUUGUUACAGCGGUGAAUUCAAACCCAAGCCUCGGAACAAACUCUUCCAUUGGCAACCAGACUAACAAGAAGUGUGAUUCAGUGGGUACUGAAUGCAAAGUGGGUGUCAUUCUGCCCAUAUGGUUACCAGAGAACCCAUCCUUUGGAGAUAAACUGGCAAGAGCCACAGUUUACUUUGUGGCCUUGUUUUACAUGUUCCUGGGGGUCUCUAUCAUUGCGGAUCGCUUCAUGGCAUCCAUCGAGGUAAUUACAUCACAAGAGAGGGAGAUCACCAUCAAGAAACCAAAUGGUGAAAAAGUGACAACCACUGUGCAUGUAUGGAACGAGACAGUGUCCAACCUGACCCUUAUGGCCCUGGGUUCCUCCGCCCCGGAGAUUCUACUGUCCGUCGUUGAGGUGUGCGGUCACAACUUUGACGCAGGUGAUCUGGGCCCGAACACCAUCGUUGGUAGUGCUGCCUUCAACAUGUUCGUUAUCAUUGGAUUCUGUGUUUCUGUCAUUCCUGAUGGAGAGCACCGGAAAGUCAAACAUUUGAGGGUAUUUUUUGUUACCGCCACCUGGAGUAUAUUCGCGUACACCUGGCUUUAUCUCAUCUUGGCUGUCAUCUCACCGGGCAUCGUACAGGUGUGGGAGGGCCUUGUCACACUGUUUUUCUUCCCAUUGUGUGUAGGGAUGGCUUACGUUGCGGAUCGCAGACUUCUUGUCUAUAAGUACAUGUACAAGCGCUACCGCGCAGGGAAACGAAGGGGGGUGAUCAUUGAGACGGAAGGGGAGGCUCAACUUCCUUCAAAGAUGGACAUUGAAAUGGAUGGGAAAAUGCUCAACUCAGAGGGCUUCAUGGACGUAGCGAUGGGUUUUGAUGAGAAGGACCUGGAUGAGGAGGAGGCCAGGAAGGAAAUGGCCCGGAUCCUGAAGGAACUGAAGCAGAAGCAUCCAGAGAAGGAGACAGAGCAGCUGAUAGAACUCGCCAACUACCAGGUAUUGACACAGCAGCAAAAGAGUCGCGCCUUCUACCGAUGCCAGGCUACCAGGAUCAUGACGGGAGCAGGGAACGUACUGAAGAAGCAUGCAGCAGACCAAGCCAGGAAAGCUGUUGGUGCAUACGAGAUCCGCUCCGAAGUUUCGGAGAAUGACUUUUCGUCAAAGAUCUUCUUUGACCCCUGUACAUACCAGUGCUUGGAGAACUGCGGUACAGUGGCCUUGAAUGUAGUACGCCUUGGUGGGGACUUGACUAACACUGUUUCAGUGGAAUACCGUACCGAAGACGGCACAGCCAAUGCCGGCUCGGACUACCAGUUCACUGAGGGCGUUGUGGUGUUCAAACCUGGUGAGACUGAGAAGGAGAUCCGGAUAGACAUCAUUGACGAUGACAUCUUUGAAGAGGAUGAGCAUUUUCUGGUCCACCUUAGCAAUGUGAAGGUCAUAUCCGAGGGCACUGGCUACGGACAACCAAGGGCUAAUCACGUGGACACUUUGGCGGGCCUUGGCCUGCCCUGCUCAGCCACUGUGACUAUCUUUGACGAUGACCAUGCCGGGAUCUUUACUUUUGAAGAACCGGUAAUGACCGUGAGCGAGAGUAUCGGCAUGAUGGAAGUAAAGGUUCUUCGUACCUCAGGAGCACGGGGACUAGUGGUCGUACCAUACAAGACCAUUGAGGGUACAGCAAAAGGAGGGGGAGAAGACUUUGAAGAUAUGCACGGAGCGCUGGAAUUCCAGAACGAUGAGAUCUUCAAAACUAUACAGAUCAAUAUAAUCGAUGACGAGGAAUAUGAGAAAAACAAGAACUUCUUCCUUGAGAUGGGAGAGCCUGAGCUGCUGGAGAUGAGUGAGAGGAAAGCUGUGUUGCUUCAAGAAAUUGGUGGAUUCGUGAAGACAGACAAAAGGCUUUAUGGCAGGGACGUCUACCGGAAAGUGCAGGGUAGGGAUAACCCUGUCCCCGCCACCAUUAUCAGCAUUGCAGAGGAAGGGGACGAGGAAGCUCUCUCCAAGAAGGAGGAGGAGGAACGGCGCAUCGCUGAGAUGGGCCGGCCUACCCUCGGGGAGCACGUCAAACUGGAAGUUGUCAUCGAGGAGUCGUAUGAGUUCAAGAACACAGUGGAUAAGCUGAUUAAGAAGACCAACUUGGCUCUAUUGAUUGGAACCAAUAGCUGGAGGCAGCAGUUUAUGGAAGCUAUCACAGUCAGCUCCGGCGAUGAUGAUGAGGACGAGUGCGGCGAGGAGAAGCUGCCCUCCUGCUUUGAUUACGUCAUGCACUUCCUCACCGUCUUCUGGAAGCUCCUGUUUGCCUUUGUGCCGCCCACCGACUACUGGAACGGCUGGGCCUGCUUCGUGGUCUCCAUCAGUAUGAUUGGCCUGCUCACCGCCUUCAUUGGAGACCUGGCCUCCCACUUUGGCUGUACCGUGGGCCUCAAGGACUCCGUGACUGCCGUGGUGUUUGUGGCGCUCGGGACGUCUGUGCCAGACACGUUUGCCAGCAAGGUAGCUGCAAUCCAGGACCAGUACGCCGACGCCUCCAUCGGCAACGUAACAGGCAGCAAUGCCGUCAACGUCUUCUUGGGGAUCGGCGUGGCCUGGUCCAUCGCCGCCAUCUACCACAAUUCCAAGGGAAAUGACUUCCGGGUGGAUCCGGGCACCCUGGCCUUCUCCGUCACCCUAUUCACCAUCUUCGCCUUUGUCGCCGUGGCCGUGCUGAUGUACCGGCGCCGGCCUGAGAUUGGGGGCGAGCUGGGUGGGCCCCGGGGCCCCAAAAUCGCGACCACCUGUCUCUUCUUCAGCCUGUGGCUCAUGUACAUCGUAUUCUCCUCCCUGGAAGCUUAUUGCCACAUCAAGGGCUUCUAACUUCUCUAUAAAGGAUCUGAAAGCAAGAUUCAAAAAGCAAUAUUUAAAAGAUCUUUGAAAGCUUUAGCUUCUAGAGUCUUCAAAAGCUUCAGAAAGAUCUUCGAAAGCUUCUUAGUCUUUGAAAGCUUCUAAAAGGUCUUUAUAAAGCUAUUCAAAAGUAUUUGAAAGCUUCUAAAAUGAAAUUGAAAGAUUGAAAAAAAUAAUAAUAAUUAUCGCUUUCAUCCAAGACCUCUGAACUAUGUACGAUUAAAUCCAAGGGUUUUGGAGGCAUUGGCGUGUCACAUCCAAGGUCUCCUACACCAUUGACUACCACGUCCCGUUGUCCUAAAUCUAACAUCCAUGACUUCCAAUGCUUUAGCCAUCUACUGCCACAUCCAAGACAUGUGAAGAAUCCACUACUACAACUAAAGGCCUCUAAACCAACACCAGCAGGAUGGUGGCCCAAAGAAAUUCAAACGUGAAAACGUUUUUCUAACUAUUAAUUUAGUGUUUGUCCUCUAGCUCCUUCAAUCCUGUUGUUGCAGCUUUAUUUUAAAUGGAAGCUCUCUGUUGACUUUCAUUGGAUCAAGACUCCUAAGGCUGUGUAUCCACAAAUGUAAUUUCAGAUGAAGCAAAAAACUUGCUUGUUUGGUUAUACAGAACUUCAAAGCUAUGCCUAAAAGUGCUGCUGGCUGGCGUCCACGAUUUCGAUUCAGUGCCCCCCCCCCCCCCAAACAAAAAAAUACACUAGACAAAUAUGUCAUAAUAUUCCUGUAACACAGAAAUGUGAGUGGUUGUUUAAAUGCGAAGGGCAUAUGGAUGAUAAAUACAUAGUUACCGAGGUAAAUACCUAAAUGAGACUAUAACUCCUGUUAUGUCUUCACAGUACAGUUGCAGUCAUGACUGCAUCUCCAAUACUUCAUACACUAAAGAAACCUUUCCUUACUAGAAGAAUGUCUUGAUAUAAAAUGUCACUAAUGCACAUGUUAUAUAUUUUUAGGAAUUCCCCAUGAAACAUUUAUCAGCGACAAUACUAUUACACUAGACAAGUCAAUAAAUUAUGAAUUAGAGGUGUGUAACGGGAUUCUUCUGUCAAAGGAGAGGAGGACCAAAAUGCAGCGCGGUUGAAAUUCAUGUUUGUUUUUAAUAAGAAAACUAUACAUGAAUAAACUACCAAAAAACCAAACGUGUAAACCCCAAACAGUCCCAUGUGACACUAACACUGACACAGGAGACAAUCACCCACAAAACCCAACACCAAACAGGUUACCUAAAUAUGGUUCCCAAUCAGAGACAAUGACUAACACCUGCCUCUGAUUGAGAAC